AACCAUGAGGACGGACGUGAGCUCUCAUGAAUCUUCUUCUUCUUCUUCCGGCUACGAAGCGGUGGUCGGAGGUAGAAAAAAUCUGGCGUUUCCGGCGGCGGAGAUCACCGCCGGCCAGAGAGAUGUCAUCAGAGUGGUGUUUUUGCUCACCGCCGUUUCACUUUCAUGCCUUCUCAUAUACAGAUCCGCCGAUAAUCCGUUGAACAUGGCGUUUCCUCCAUGGAAGACCGAUUGGUACUCUGCUAAAAUCGGUAACCCUACUUCUUUAGAAACGAGAAAACCGGUCUCGGAACUAGAGAGAGUACUGAUGAACGCUGCGAUGGAAGACAAGACGGUGAUAAUAACGGCGUUAAACCAUGCAUGGGCGGCUCCGAACUCGACGUUCGAUGUUUUCCGACAGAGUUUCGAGAUCGGAAAAGGAACACACCGGCUCCUGAAACAUGUAAUUGCUGUCUGUUUGGACCGGAAGGCUUACGACCGUUGCUUGCAGGUCCAUCCGCAUUGCUAUCUGAUCAAUGCCACCGGUUCGGAUGAAUUAGCUGGUCCGAACCGGUUUAUGACUCCCGGUUAUCUCAAGCUCAUCUGGAGACGAAUGGAUCUUCUGAGGGAAGUUCUCGCUUUCGGCUACAACUUCGUCUUCACGGAUGCGGAUAUCGUGUGGCUGAGGGAUCCAUUUCCGAGGUUUUUCCAAGAAGCAGACUUCCAAAUAACGUGCGAUAACUACAACGGAAAGCCAUCGGACAAGAACAACUGGGUCAACUCGGGAUUCACCUACGUAAAAGCCAGCGACAAGGCAUCGAGAUUCUACGAGUUCUGGGUCAGAUCGCGCCGGAGAUUCCCCGGAAAACACGACCAGGACGUGUUCAACUUCAUCAAGAACGAUCCGUUCGUGGUCCGGCUCGGGAUCGAGAUGAGGUUCCUCGACACUGUCUACUUCGGAGGGUUUUGCCAACCGAGUCGCGACGUAAACGUCGUCAGCACCAUGCAUGCAAAUUGCUGUAUUGGUUUGGACAACAAAGUGAAGUACCUUAGGGUUGUUCUUGAUGACUGGAGAAGAUACUUGUCGGCUAAUACGACCGUCACCGAGACGAUGUGGAAUAUUCCUCCCAAGUGUGGUUACAAGAAGUUGUGAAUUUGAUUCCUUUUUUGCAUUU